GCGGCCGAGUGGAGGGGGCACAACGCUAACCGCUGGCUGGCGACCGGCCGGACCGGGAUGCCUCGCGGCGGUUCGCCUCAGUUGAAUGGUAGAUACCGCGUCGGUAGUGCGUACGUCCACGGCGCAUUCUCCGGUUUUUGCGCGUGAAGGCCCGUCCACUCGUGCACCUCCUCGCUGGGCCCACGCGCGUGCACGCCAGGCUAAUACACGCGUCUCGCGGAGGAUGAGAAAAUCCGUAGGCGACGGGCCGACCGUCCUGCUUUUCGGACGCUGAACGAACGCGCCGCGCGAAACGCGAGGGAUUUAAUCGACGGCUGAACGAUCACGGCGAUGGGACGGCCGCGAUAGCGAUGUUUCGGUCACGAACUUCAAAGUCGUAUCGAUCAGCUGGAAUGGGGUCCGCAGUCCACUGGCUGAUCGCGGCCGCCGCGAUAAUCUCGACGGGAGCAGCCCUCGAGGGACCGAACAUAUGCACCAGGCAGGAAAAGUACACGAUAACAGUGAAAGUGUCCGAGCAGAAACCGUACACCGUGCGGGAGAACACGUGGUGCUUCAGCUUCCCGCCGAGAUGCUCCAAGUACAAAGUCGUCUACAGGACGGUCUACAAGGAACAGGAAUUGACGAAACAAAGGCCCGUGGAAGAAUGCUGCAAGGGCUACGCGCAGACCACGAACGGCGAUCGUUGCAUUCCGGUCUGCUCCCAGGACUGCCGCCACGGUACCUGCAUCGCGCCCGACGUCUGCAAAUGCGAGUCGGGAUACGGCGGCCCGUUAUGCGACUUCAGGUGCCCGGUGGGUAAAUGGGGCAGAGAUUGCGAGAUGGAUUGCAAGUGCCAGAACGGUGCCACGUGCGACCCAUUCGACGGCAAGUGCAUGUGCACCAGGGGCUGGACCGGAGUGUACUGCGAUCAGAAGUGUCUCCCGAACCGCUACGGGCAAGACUGCGCCGAGGAAUGCCGUUGCAGGAACGGCGGGAGCUGCCAUCAUAUCUCCGGCGAGUGCUACUGCGCCUCUGGUUACACCGGACCGCUGUGCGACGAUUUGUGUCCGAUGGGCAAGCAUGGCAAGGAAUGCAAGUCGGAGUGCCGUUGUCAGAACGGCGGUUCCUGCAACCCUAUGACCGGCGAAUGCUACUGCACAUCCGGCUGGACGGGUUCGGUCUGCGCGAAUCGGUGCCCGGAGGGUCUCUGGGGCAACAACUGCUCUCAGCCCUGCGACUGUUAUAACAAAGCCGGCUGCGAUCACAUUACGGGCGAGUGUCGGUGCAAGCCGGGCUUCUACGGCGACAAAUGCCUGAAGAUCUGUUCCGAGGGCACAUUUGGACUGGACUGCGCUAACAAUUGCAUCUGUGAAAAUGGUGCCACGUGCAAUCCCACUAACGGCACCUGUGUGUGCAGUCCGGGUUGGAUUGGCAAAACGUGCAGCGAACGAGCCUGCGAGAACGGUUUUUACGGUUCCGAGUGUGCGAAGGUUUGCGAGUGCGAGGAGAGGAACACGGAGCUGUGUCAUCCGUGGACCGGGCAGUGCUCCUGCAAAAUGGGAUGGGACGGCGAGACCUGCGCCCGGCCGUGUCCCUUCUACACAUUUGGCAAGGGCUGUGAGAAUCGCUGCAACUGCAAGAACAACGCGCAGUGCUCGCCCGUCGACGGCACCUGCAUCUGCGCGGCCGGAUAUCGCGGGAAGGACUGCGGCGAGCUCUGCCCCGCGAACACGUUCGGGGAGGACUGCGCGCAGAAGUGCGCCUGCAAGAACGGAGCCAGCUGCUCGCCCGAGAAUGGACGCUGCAACUGCACGGCUGGAUGGGUCGGUGUCUUGUGCGACCGUCCGUGCGACGACAAGUCCUACGGCAAGGAUUGCGAGGGCAAAUGCAACUGCUUUAACAAUGCGGCCUGCAACCCGCAAAAUGGCACGUGCACGUGUGCGGCUGGCUUCACCGGCACACUGUGUCAGGAUCGUUGUACAAAGGGCUUCUUUGGCAACGGAUGCAAUCAGACCUGCAACUGUGUCGAGGGGAACUCCGUGGACUGCGACUCCGCUACCGGCUAUUGCAACUGCAAACCGGAAUGGCGAGGAAUACGAUGCGAAACAAAGUGUCCGGAGGGUCUUUACGGCGAGGAUUGUCACUCGCAUUGCGAAUGCAUGAACAAUAGUUCGUGUGAUCCCACGACCGGAAGUUGCGUCUGCGCCAGGGGUUGGGAGGGCCCCGACUGCUCGCAGCCCUGCAAGGAAGGAUGGUACGGGCUGGGAUGCAGAGAGAAAUGCCCGGAGAAAAUGAACGGAAACAUGACUUGCGAUCACGUUACCGGCGAGUACGUCUGCCGUCCGGGAUACCUGGGUCUCACCUGCGAGCAUCCGUGUCCGCCCAAUCGUUACGGGCUGAACUGCGCGAAUCACUGUCACUGUAAAAACGGCGGGGAAUGCCAUCACGUAACAGGCGUAUGCCAGUGCCGGCCUGGCUGGCAGGGCGAGUACUGUCAAACACCUUGCGCGGAGGGCACUUACGGUGUAAAUUGUACGCAACAUUGCAAGUGUCAGAACGGCGGUAAAUGCAGAUCCAACGAUGGCCAUUGUCGAUGUCCGUCGGGAUGGACCGGCACCAGGUGUACCGAAAUUUGUCCCGAGGGAUACUACGGUGAUCACUGUAUGGAGCCUUGCGAAUGUAAAAAUGACUUUUUCAUGUGCCAUCCUGCCGACGGUUGUAUUUGCAGACAUGGGUAUACAGGUGAGAAUUGCGAUGAACAACUAUUUUCCCGUAAUAUCCAGGAGAAGGAUGACGGAGGAUAUGGGCACAUUGUCGGAGUCGUGUUCGCGACCAUUGUUAUAAUUGGCGUUUUGUUAGCUGCGUGGUUCUACCAUCGUCGUAGAGUGGCUGAUCUGAAGAGCGAGAUAGCCCAAGUGCAAUACACGGCUGAGCCUGUAUCACCGCCAGAACGAAACCAAUUCGACAAUCCAGUGUAUGCGUAUCAAGGUUCCUCCAAGUUCGACGAUGGCACUACUACGUUACUGAAUAACUUCCAAUUCCGCAAUAAUUUCCAUAAAAACAUAAAUACGGAGAAAGCUAAAUUCGGUCUAGGUAGCUGUACCGACGACGAAGACGAUUGCAAAGGAGCGUUCGGGCUGCAAUACGACCUGAAGAACAGGGACGCCGAUAUGGGAAAUCCGAACUUGAAUGUGUAUCACAGCAUCGACGAGAUGGACGGCAAGAAAGUCGAGCACGUCUACGACGAGAUCAAGCAGAACAACGAGUCGGAAUACGACGAGCUGAAUCAGCCGCGGCCGGUUAGCUGGAACAUAAAGCCGCAUUCGAGUCUAACAACCAAUGGCUUCCUGCCUAAAUCGUGCGACAAUCCGGGACCUAGCAAAGCGAUAGACAAAGAUCCAGAAUUAGGUGAAACCUAAAAACUCCACGCAGGGUUCCUCGUUUUCAACUGCCCAGGUUUGAAGUAGAAUGAGCUUUAUUUACGUGCGGUCGGAAGACUCUGUCCCCUUUCUAGUAAGGAGCAAGUCUGUGGUAUUACCUUUUGUCAUUUAAGCAAAUUUCUUAAGUAAGUCUUUACAACAUAAUUGCGGUUAAUUAUGAAACCAGUUUCGUAAAAAUUGUAUAUUGGACGUUUUAUAUAUAUUUAAAAUCUACUCGUGCGGUUUUAUCGUGCCUUUGUCUGGUAAAUACGACAGUAUUACGAUAAAAAUAUUUCGUAUGCGGGACAAGAAAAUUUUUAAACCAAAAAAAUUUCUGGCAUGCUUUUCUUGUAAUAUUUAGCUUUCACUUGAGAUAUUAUCGAUCUCUGUCAUUUUCUCACUUGCUACGAAUUAUUGUGAUGAGAAAAUGAACGUUUCUGUAUAUAUAAACAUAUUCUUUUUAAGUGUAGUUUUAAUUAAAUUAUUAUGUGCACUUGUCUCUCGAUUUAUGCGGAGUAUUUGUCCCGCGUGGUUUUUCUUUACGCGUAAAUAGUCCCCCCGAUACAAAAAGAGAAUAUGUAAGAGAGGAACCUGCAUAUGUUAAAAAAAUUUUUAUUUUACAUAUUUGCACAAAAACAAUAAUAAUGAAAGUAGAAAGGUAGAUUUGUUAUCACUUGUAUGGGUAAAUGUGCUCUCUACAAGUCAACCAAAAAAGUCAGACUGAUGUAAUAAGUAUGUGCAAUUAAGUAAGAACUUAAUGGUAUAUAAUAAUUUCAAUAAAUACGAUAAAAAGAUAUAUUUUCGGACUGUAUGAAAUGAUCGUGUAUAAAAAGUACCGCGUAAAUCGAGGGAUGAGUGUAUUUGAUAGAUGCAUAUGUUGCCGUGUAUAUGUUGCCAAAACGGCAUAAGUAAGUAAGACGUAGUUAAGAAGGCAAUGAUAAACAGGUGAUAAGAAAUGAAAUCACGAACUUUGUGAAUACACAAAGAUCUUACCGCGGAGGAUCAAUUGUAUAUCUAGAUUUUUUAUUCGUUGCAUGGUUAUAUCAAUAUAUCGCAAUGAUUAUAAAGACAUGUAAAAGAAUCUAAUAAUUGUUGAUUUUAAUUUUUACAAUUUAGUAUAUCUUAAAAAAUAGAUGGAUCUGGCUUGUAUGAACAAAUGCAAGUUUAUAAAUGCAAUAAAUUAUGUAAUAAAAUAUGGGUAAAAAUUACGCGAUUGCUAUGGCGUAUUCUUACGACACGUAUACAAAAGCAGGCGGUCUUAAUUUUCAUCAUUUUACUACUCUACUUAGCUGUAACAUGGCAAUUGAUUAUCUAUUGUAACCAGGAGAUGUACAUAUAAAUUUUAAAUAUUCGUUUUUUUUACAUUUUCCUUUUCAAGGGAUAAUAUCGUGCAAGACGUUACGGGGUGUAUCGCUUAUCUUGCAAUUAUCUUGUGAUAUAACUCUAUCUAUUUUGGCGUGUCCAAAUGAAAAGCGUAUUAGUAUAUAGCGGUAACGUAUAACUGAUAUCUGGAUGGAUUAAUUUGAUCGUGUGUAUUCGAAAAGACUUGCAGAAUAAAUACAAAUAAUAGAAUAAAUUUGCGAAUAAGGUAAGACGGCGAUCAGUGUGAUAAUACCGUGAUGUGCAUUGUUAACAUGUCGACUAAUAGGAAAGAUAUUUUAAUAAAGUUGUCGCGACACUUCAUUGCGGUCAUACGUAGACAAUCGUAUAAUGUAAAAACACUUAUUCUACUACUCCUCUUCAAGCUACAAGGUACGUAAAGUUUGGCACGCUUCGUUGCGUGCGAUAUUGCCUUACAUGCUUGACAAUCCAAAGUCGACUAUGUAAUUCACGAAUCGUAUGGCGUGAAGGAUUAUGUGAUCACGUAUUUACUGUUACACCGUUCGCAUUACACGGAGCACACAGCGUUUAUUCUUAAGAUUACUUGGUAAGAGUAUUUCUUACUAUUUAAAGGCGUUUAGGUAAUCGCCGCCUGUUUUCACCAUCGAUGUUAGCGCCUUGUAAAUACAUUUCUGCGACGGA